UUGGAGGUUGAUUCACGUGUGAACGAUAUAACGGUACGGCUGAAUAAUCGGUUGCAAAGAAGUUUGCGAUUCAUACGUAUUGCAUAAUAUACUUUUACUCUAUAAAUAGAGUCACUGCUCUAGUAAUCUAAUAGUAAACGAGCAAAUUCAAUUAGAGUUCGUAUUACGUGUCUGUGAAUUGUCAUCAAGAACUGUCCCGAUGUCGUUGAUACCGAUGUUGUUUUCUGACUGGUGGGAAGACCUCGACCGACCUCACCGUCUAUGGGAUCAACACUUUGGCACCGUAUUAGAUCCUGGAGAUCUUUUGGAUUGGGACCCGUUCCUCGACACCGAAGUUCUUCUCUACCGACCACCACCCCCACAGCCUAGAAGAGGAAGAAGACGUUAUCAUCCAUUCUCCAAGGGCAGACGACAAGGACGCGGUGCAUCCACUGUCCAGGCUGACAAAGAUAAGUUUCAAGUAACUUUGGACGUGUCACAAUUUGCACCUGAGGAGAUUAACGUUAAAGUAGUAGAUCAAAACAUUGUAAUCGAGGCUAAGCACCCUGAAAAAGAGGACGAACACGGCUGGGUUUCCAGACGGUUCGUCAGAAAGUAUAUAGUACCAUCGCAGUGCGAUAUCAACCAGGUAGAGUCGCAUUUGUCGUCCGAUGGUAUUUUAACAAUUACUGUCCCCAGGAAAGAACCUGUAAAAUCUAAACCAGUUGAAAAGAUAAUUAAGAUUCAAUACACGGGUAAACCAGCUUUAACCAACUCCUCAGAGACUCAACAAAACGAUACGUCCGAGCCACAACAAAACGAUGAACAGUCUCAGCAACGAGGACAACAGCAGCAACAGCAGCAGCAACCUCAGCGUGGAAGAAAAGGCACUGUUAAAGCUGCAUAAAAUUAACAUUAAUCAUCAUCCUUCAUCAUAAUUAUUC